CGUGGCCUGGCAACCAGAAGCUUAUCGAGCCCCUAUCAACAAGGAUACGUUUGUUUGGAGGCUAGCUAAAUUCGCUAGCUGCCGCAUUUUUUUUCUGGUGGGAUUUCACCAUCCACAUUUAAGGAUGUCGUCAAGGACUUUGCCCCUGCUCUUCAUCAAUCUUGGUGGAGAAAUGCUCUACAUCCUGGAUCAGCGCCUUCGAGCCCAGAAUAUCCCCGCUGACAAAGCUAAGAAAGACCCCGUUGUAGCUGACUGGAUAGAGGCGGACAGAAGGAGAGUUAUGAAUGACAUCAUCACCACCAUGUUCAACAAAAAGUUUCUUGAGGAGCUUUUCAAGCCGCAGGAGCUUUACUCCAAGAAGGCCCUGCGGACCGUGUUCGACAGACUGGCCCACGCCUCCAUAAUGAGACUCAAUCAAGCCAGCAUGGACAAGCUGUAUGACUUGAUGACCAUGGCCUUCAAAUACCAGGUGCUUCUGUGUCCACGACCCAAAGACAUCCUCCUAGUCUCUUUCAACCACAUGGAUGCCAUUAAAGACUUUGUCAAGGACACUCCCAGCAUUCUCAGCCAAGUUGAUGAGACAUACCGACAACUCAUAGAGAUCUAUACACCCUUGUCUAGUGGUGAAUUCCAGUUGAUCAGACAAACUCUUCUCAUCUUCUUCCAAGACAUGCAUAUAAGGGUGUCUAUCUUCCUCAAAGAUAAAGUGCAGAACUCCAAUGGCCGCUUUGUCCUCCCCACUUCUGGCCCUGUACCUCAUGGCACACAAAUCCCUGGCCUGAUCAGGAUAUUUAGCUGCACUGGUGAGGAGGUGAGCAGACUUCAGUUCUCUAAUGGAGGAAACUACACCAGCGCUCUGCGGGAGGGUUCUUUGGAGAUGUUUGGAGACCGAGUCAUCAAACUAGGCACAAACAUGUACAGUGUAAGUCGCCCGGUGGAAACCCACAUGUCAGGAACAUCUAAAAACUCCUCUCAGCACACUAAGGUCAAUACCGCUCCCAACCCUCUGGCCAAAGAGGAGCUGAACCUGCUUGCUCGAUUAAUGGGAGGCUUAGAAGUCAAGAAACCUGGCAACACAGAGAGUGGCUUCAGAGUAAACCUCUUCGCUACAGAUGAAGAGGAAGAGGAGGCAUUGAUAUCAAGACCAGAUGAGCUUUCAUAUGGAGUCAUAAACAUUCAAGCCACAAAGGACCAGCAGGCCAAUGCUGAGCUGGCCAAGAUCAUGGGGGAGUUCACAGAGGCUGAAGAUCAAUCUCCCCAUGCCAGCAGCAAAGGAGAUGACCUUCUGGCCAUGAUGGACGGCCUGUGACGUGGUCUCCAUGGCAACAGUGCCAGUCUCUUCUACUGUAGACGAGUCUGCUGUCUGUACCUGUGAGAACGCGGUGACAGUCUUACGUGAAGUGGGCGACCCUCGUGUUUUGGGUGUCCAGUGCUCAUAAAACACAAAUGUAAGCAGGUGAUUUCAUUUGUUGGUUAAAGAUGAACGUGAAAUAUGCAGUUGUGUUUAAAUUGCAAGGGAGAAAAAGUGGAGAAACAAGCUUCAGGCUUUGAUACACUCAUAAUACUGUAAAACUUUUUUAAACUGGAAGAGUUUCAUUGGGUCAUGCAGCCCUCUGUCAUUGUAUUGUACAUGUAUAUGUGAUGAUAGUAAAAUACAAAUUAUAACAUAUUGACAUUGUACUGAAAUUUUAAAAAUUUAGACCAAUUGAGAUCUCACCAGUCCCCAAAAUGCAUAUUCCUUUAAUUUUACACAAAUGUCAUUUCUGUGAUGCAUUACAAUUUCAGAUCAUUUUAAAGCUAGUCUAGUCAUUCUCAUACAUUAUGUAAAGAGAGUUUUGCUCGUUUUUUCAGUAAUCUAAUGAACAAAUGACUUACUUAAGAUACUGUGGUGGAUCGGAGGGAACCCAAGUGCUCUUUUGAUUGUGAUUCAUUGUAUAAAUACUCUAUUUUGUAUUUAUUUAUUUAUUUAUUUAGUCAUGUAUGGUACUAAAGGUGUUGACGUUGCACACUGCAGUAGCACCUUUACAUAGUGUAUGAGGAGAUGUUUAUAAGAAAACAUAAGACAUCCUUUUGUGAAAUAUUAUUACAUUUGGACUUUUCUGUACUCAAAGAGAUCUUUGAGUGUUGAGCAAUGGCCCAAAACGAUGACGGGUGCCCCACUGUCCUGAAAAUAAUGGCAAUAUGAGUGAUUGUCUAAUAUGUUAAUAUGUAUAUGGAAUAGUUUAUUUAUUUGAAGGUAUUCUGUGUUCUCUGUGUACUUUUGUCUGGGAUGCAGGAACUGGGUUUGCUGCAGUUGUAAAAUUGUUGAUAAAGAGUGUUCAUUUUUUUUAAUGCAUAGGUUGAAUAAAAUGAAUUUAAACACAAA